AUGGAUUGGAGGAGAUGGGGCUGGCCAAUCGUAAGAAUGGUCAAUUUUACUGUCCGCCUACCUCGUGGACCACCUGACGAGAGUCAAUGGAAUCAAGUUGUGAUUCUCAAUAGAUCUACGCACGAGGAGAGACGACGGGCUCAAAACUACGUCAUCUUCAACUGCACUAAUCGAAGUUACCAUGGCAACAGUACCUGCCUCUCCGAAGAGAAAUUUACUGCUCCCGCCUAUUGUGGUUUUGCUGGCAAUGGCAGGGCAACUGGUCGACCAGUGUUUGUGAACUAUGCUCGAGCUGAAGAUUUGGCCUUUUUUACAAGCAUUCAGGGGCUUUGCCUACAGGACAUCAUUGUCGUGGCACGACACGGAUACAACUCUUAUGGCAGCAAAGUGAAACAAGUGGUGAAGCGUUGCUCCAGUCUGGGAAGUAGUACACUGCCUGGAGGAAUGAUUAUCUACCGAGAUCCCACAGAUUCUACACCUGAUAUUAAAGUGUAUCCCGAAGGAAUCGGCCUACCUACUGAUGGAGUUGCCUAUCGUGUUUCUUCAAUGGCGAAGUUGAGUGGCGACUCCGAGACUCCUGGCUUCCCGGCCAUCGACGGUGUUUACAGGAUCGAGAAGGCGGAGGACCAGGCCGUUACACCAUUCCCAGUGCAGACAGUUAACUACAAUGACGCCGAAGUCAUAAUUAAUGGCAUCGGUGGUAAACCAACACCGAAGGCAUGGGAACCCUGCACACCAAAAUUUGUGGGACCUGAAGGCGAUAGCCUAAUUCGACUCGAGGUACGGAAUCGAAUAGACGAGACGCCAUCCAAAAUUGUUGAUGUGAUCGGUGUAAUGCCGGGUAGAGGGACAGAGGCAGGGAAAUACGUGAUCUUAGGCAAUCAUCGUGAUGCAUGGGUUCAAGGCGCCAGCGACCCUCAUUCAGGUACCGUUGUACUACAAGGCAUUGCCUAUCUUCUUGGGAUGGCCUAUCGUGAAGGCUGGCGUCCAAGACGCAGCAUUGUGAUUGCAAGCUGGGAUGCUGAGGAGGUGGGAUUGAUUGGAUCGACGGAAUUUACUGAACUCUUCCGAAACGAGUUAAUGGACAAAGCGGUGGUCUACUUUAACCAGGACAGCCCGGUGAAAGGCAACGCCGUUUUCAGCCUUCGAGCUGAUCAGUUCCUUGAAAAGGCUCUUCUUGACAGUGCAAAAAGUGUGCAUGGACCGUGUAAUGCCUCUAUUAGCUUCCUUAAGGAGUGGGACAAACGAACAAAACGGAAGAAGUAUAAGAAACCGGAAACUGUUCCAGUGGCUGGUUCUACAGAUCAUGUUCCCUUCCAAUACCAGCUUGGCAUUCCAUCAGCCUAUCCACAAUUUACUCCGAAGCCGCCACUGUAUGAAGCUCCUUCCUAUCACACCGCCUACGACUCGGUAGAUAUGGCAGUGAACUUCACUGAUCCCCCUUGCAGCACCAAUAAAAGU